CUACUGUUUGUUGAACAUGACAUGCAUUUGCGUGAGCAGUAGAGAUACGUUCAAGUGUGUACCUUUAGCUUUUAGCAUCUGUCUUGGUCACCGGAUGACUGGACUAGACAGGACGAAAGGUGGGCUCUCUCACGUGCCUGUAUGCAGGAAAGUGAGUGUGUGAAUGACCUUUCCAUCAACACGUGGUUUCCAUGUCGAAAGCAACGGCUGUCAAGCUUGCUGUCCUCGUCUUCCUCGCCUUCAUCAUUUGCCUGCCAGAGUACUUUCCGUCUGACACAGAUCCAGUGUUGCAGAUCCCAUUUUACUGUUUGUCCUUUGACCCCUGUGACCCUAUGAGUGGACAAGGUCUUAAAGAUGGACAGAUCUGUCAGGAGUACAGGAAUAUAAGCAAGAUUAACGCCCUAUGCGAAGAGGAGACAAAAGAGAGCAUGAUCAGCCAAGACAAAGUGGUGCAGGACUGGUUUGUGUGUGAGACUGAGGCUGACCUAUGGAGUCUCCAUGACAACGCCUUGCUCUCAGAACUAGACGUGGUCUUGAUGCUACAGGUCACAAAUCAGACUUUCCAGAAUGUGACCAUGCAUGGUCAUUUCAACCAAAGUGGACUGCACAUAGACACCUGCCUGAACUUCACUCUGUUAGACUGUUGCGCCCAAAGAGACUGCGCAUAUCCAAACAAAGUCAAGGCAAGCCCAACCUCCCACAAACCAGUUACACCAAAUGGACUGUCCACAGUGCCUUCAUCAGGAGAAACAGACUCUAUCUCUAAUCUCAAGUGUCAAUCAAACAGAAGCCAGUGCCUCUUUCGCUAUGUAGGAUACAACGUUAUCAAAACAUCUACUAAGGAAGUGAGGUGGUGGGGUUUUGGCGCUGCUGUGUGGAUGAUUCUGGUACUCAUUGUGGUUGUAGUGGUCAUGCUAAGUGUCUGGGCUCAGGUCUGCACAAGCAGAAGCUGCUUCCAUGCACACUCGGCACCGGUUUCAGUCACUGCCCGUCGGCCUAAGAGCUUCUCCAAACGAAGAGUUAAGUCUUUAGGUGAUUUGCCUGAUAUUUCCCUCUCAGUAUGGAGCACAGAAGAUGAAGAGCUGUUCUUAGAGAAGAUGCCAAAGGAUUACUCAAGAGAAUGCCUCCAUUUGUCACAUCAGGAAAUGUACAAGCGAGCAGGACUGUCCCCUAUUCAUGAGGUGUCUUUGACAGAUGUCUCUUUGGAUGAAGAUUAUGAAAAAAAGAAGUCUGAGAAUAUAGUAACAGAAGAAGGGUCAGAGGAUUCCCUGAACUUUCACCAAGCACCAGCCCACACACAGUCCUUACCUUGCCUGCAUCAUCGCAGUCACCCCUCUCAGAAAGACGAAGAGGAAUCAACAUAAAUGUGAAAGGAUGUUCGGCCAUUGUGAAAAACUGAUUUACACUUUCCAUUUGUUUUCAUUUUAGCUAAAAUGUAGUACUACGCAAAAGAAAUCGGCAAGAUUUUUUUCCACACCUCAAAGUCCAGUCUUAGAAGUUGGUUGCACUUUCUGCUUCUCAUGAUCAGAGUAAUC